AUGGGUGCAGACGAGUUACCAGCAACCAACCUCCAGACAUCGGGCAUCGAUCCGAACAAGCCUGGUGGUCCCAAUGAAGGCAUCGCUUUUACCGGCCGUGUCCAUAAUCUCUCUCCCAAUGAAGGCGACGGCUCAAUUGCCCUCCUCCUGAGAAAGAAUGGCCGAUUCUUCAGAUGCAAGCUGAAAAGUGCAGAUGGCGCGGACCCUGCCAUCUGUGCCACGGCUCGGCGCCUGACCCCUGAAUCGCUCGUUCGCAUCUCGUGCGGCGUAAUUGCGUCCGACAACGCAAGCUCGGAGACGUUUACCAUCACGCAGGUCUCUUCACUCGUCAUAUUGUCCGAAGCAAAGGCCAAUCUCGCAGGCAAUGUCCCGAAGCUGCAUGGAGCUCCCGGAGAGCCUCUGCCUCCUCUGGGCGAACGGCUUCUUCUUCUCGACACAAGGCUUGACAACCGGCUUUUGGACGCCCGCGUCGCAGCCACGGCAUCCAUCUUCAAAAUCUUCUCGGCGGUGCACAACUCAGCCGUCAAGUAUCUAGCAGGCCAGGACUUUCAUUACAUUCCGACGCCGGCCUUCGUGGGCUAUGAGUUCCCCGCCGAGGAGGAGGACCACUUCUAUCUCGACUAUCUCGGCAGGCAAGCGAUGCUGGCACCCACCGGCGAGGUCCAUCUAGGCAUGGCGCUCGCCGCAGAUCUUGAGCGUGUGUACGACAUCCAUACAGUCUUCCGUCGGGAACCAAAGAGUGAUGGAAGACAUCUGACAGAGUUUACAAUGCUUGAGCUCGUGUUUGCGCUCAAUAACGAUUGGACCGAGAUCCUUGAGCUUGCCGACAGUCUCUUGGUUUUCCUCUUGCGGUCCCUGCAAGAAGACGACAAGUCUGCCAGACACACAGCGGCUGCACAAAGACUGUAUCCUGCCGCCGGAAGCUUCAAGCUGGGCUUGGACAAGAACGGGAAGCUGCCGCGCGUACGGUUUGAUGAGGCCAAGGCUAUUCUCCGUGAUCACCUCGGUAAGGCGGCUCACGUCGAAGAAGACCUUACGAGAGAUGAAGAGGCAUUGUUGGGACAUCUUUUCGCGAGCAAUCAGUCGCCUCUGGACUCACCCCCUACCGAUGUAUUCAUCAUAACCCAUUUUCCAAAGCAUCUUCGACCGUGCAAUGUCUCGUCAUUGGGUCGGGACGAUGCGACGACAAACUCCUUCGACAUCAUCCUGCGCGGACAAGAGAUUGUCACGGGAUGCCAGUUGCUUCACUCACAUGAAGAAGUGAGAGCAGCCUUUACAAACCGCGCGCACCCCAUCGAUCCAGACUGUCCCGGCUGGCAGCCAUACACCGAGGCGCACGAGAUUGGGAUGCCGCCAUGGGGCGGGUUUGGGCUUGGACUGAAUCGUCUUGUACAGGGAUAUCUGGGUUUGGGCGAUGUUCGCGAGACUGUUCUCUUCCCGCGUGAUGCAUGUAGACUGGCGCCGUGA